AUGGAGGGAAUUACCCCAAACAAACUACAAAAGUUAAUGCGAUUGGCAGAAGAUGCUUCUUACAAUGGACCUAGAUUAAAUCUAAACGAAGAUUUCGUUAAUAGAAGCAUUGCUACAAACCAUUCUCCAUAUGGGGAGUCAUCUUCCGGAAUUCUGGAUUUGGAACGUCUUCACGGCUUUGGAGAUUCCAGCAUUCUUUCAACACCAUUCAACCCAGGAGAAAUGACCGGUCGCUCAACUGAAGCAGAUUCAAAUCAAGCUAGACUUGGGAUACCUGGAUAUGAGAGCUAUGGCCGACAUUCAGUUGCUUCAGAAAGCUUGACGAGCCACAUGGAGAAACAGACUCAAGAAGUUUCAGAAGUUAUAAGGCAUUCUAUUGCAUAUAGUUUUUCAUCUAAAUAUAAUGUAGAUUUAACUGCAGAGGAGGACAAUUUUAUAAAAGAAAAGUUCAAUGCGCCCAUUGACGACACUUUAGCUUCUGAAAUGAUGAAAGAUUCACCCCAAAACAUAGUAAGCCUUCAGGAAAGCAAUGCCAGUGUACUAAACAUGUCUGAAAGGGAGGUAUACUUCAAACAAAAGUGCCCAAACGUCUCCACAAUUCUGGGUAAUGCGGAUAGUCCAGACAGAUAUAUGUAUCCUAGCAUUACAGAAGUGUCUUCACACAAUGUAUUUGAUAUAACACCAAAGAAAGAAAACAAUACAUACACCGUGGAUCAAAAUCUAGAUAGCAUUCCUGUUAGACAACCAAAACGAUUGAAUACAGCUAAGACUAAGCCAAGCGAAGUAUCUCGCUAUCAAGCAGAGGUGUCUGGAAUGAGUGAAAUGGGUUGUUAUUUUAAGAAUGGGCCGGAUCCAAAUUAUCAAAUAAACCCGAUAAAACCACUAUCCACACAAAAGAAACCGACUAAACCAGCAGAUUUAUUAUUGAGAAACUUGCAAACAUCUUACAGAUACAUACCCGAGGAGACUGAAACGUCUUUAGAAAACUCUUUGAGUAUUUCUAAAAUUGCUGAUUUAUUAAAUCGUCAGUCACUAGUGAGUGUAUCAGAUAUGCUUCUUUUAAAUAAUCAAGUUAAAUCAAACAAUAAGAAGCAACCUCUAACAGAGCGACAAUUGAACACACUCGAUAAUAAACAUAAUGAAGAGGAAGUUUAUGUCACAAAAUUAAAAGACGCUAGGAAAAUAAACACAGCCAGUUCGACAGCCACACUCAGUACGGUGGUAUCAGUAGACGCUCUUAAAAUGAAUGAGCAAAAUAUACCAGAAGUUAUAGUGACAAAGGACUCCUUCAAUACAAAUUUGGAUCAGGACUUACUCAAAACACCGUCAAUCGUUAGAUCAAAAUCGCCGUCGAGUAAAAGUCAAUCUACCCCCACAACAGUACAGGAGAAUAAAAGUUUCAAAUCUUCUACCAGUCCAAUGCACAUGAGCAAGGGAAGCGAGGCUAAUGCAUCAAACAUCCCCUCCCCAAAUGUCGUGUAUAAAGAAUUAGACAAGUCUGUAGAUUGGCGCGAAGUGUUAGAGCAGAAACGAUAUAACGAAGAGCGCUUAGCCAAAGCUCAAUGGGUUGAUGUUAUUGCUGCACCGGCUAAGGGCUUUGUUGGUGUCAGCACGCCCAUAACUAUAAACAUAACAUCACGCCUAAACAGCUGGCUAACAGCUAAAAUUGAUUUCGACACAUCAAGUGAUCUUAACAUUGAAUCACCCCGGCAGCCCUUCCUCGUCUCCCCUGGCAAAGAAGAAAAAUUUAUAUUCAAUGUAACUUCAAAUACAGAGAUAAAAGAAGAGCUUCUCUUCUCUAUUAGCCUGAAAGACGCCUCCAUCGAUGACACUCAGACACAAAAGCACUCAGUUUUGCUGGAAAUUCUAAUGCCGUCUAUACAAGCAGUGUCUACUGAGGGAGUUAAUAUAGUGUCUUUUCCAACGAUACUAGAAAAGUCAUUUAUAACAAAGUAUUUUAUAUUAGUGAGUGAUUGUCCGGUUGAUUUACAAUUGGAGCUGUGUAUAGUGACGGGUGACAGCUUUUUCAUAAUCAGGAAUGUGCAAGAGAUCAAGAAGAGUGAUAUUAGUAAGGCUUUGAUGGAACCGCCAACGGAACACGGCAAAGUCAUGGGUAGUAGACAGAUGUGCCGGCUUAGCCAGGGAAUGGCUAUUAAAGUUAUCGUUAUGUUCAAAGCACCGCAGCUCAGCGAUUCGGAUAGAAAAAAUAAGAAAUCGACAGUCAACGGCGUAUUAAAUGUCAACUUAAUGGGUGUGAACACAGUUUUGAAGAAAGUCGAUCUAAUUGGAAAUAUUGGCUUUGCCCAACUAGAAUGGCAGUCCAGUGAAAAAGUUUUUAUAUCAAGCGACCCCACUCCUAUAACUAUUCACAAUACGGGCAACUCGUCCGGUACUUGGAUAGUUAAGUUUAAGAGUGCUAGCGGUGAUCCUACUGUAAUUCCAUACAAAGUGUCUCCAGGCCGGUUGGAGGUGCGUCCCGGGGAGACGCGGCAGAUACAUGUCGUCUAUACCGGUUCUCCCGAUGUUGCCAGCGAUGGCUAUUUACUACUGGAAGACGUUAUAACAUCAGCCAUAACCAGCAUUGCAAUAACAGCUGGUACUGAGAAACAAAAAUCAUUCCCAAUCAAAACUAAUCUCAAUAAUAUAUCCUGGAUCAAGGCGGGUAAAAAAGAGCUUAGCCUGAAGAACUCUACCAAUAGCAAGGUGCAGAUUCGCUGUCAAAUUGUCGGAGAAGGAUUUUAUAUAGACUCGACCGAAACAAGGGGUACAUAUGUAAUGUCCUUUGGUCCAUGCGAGUGUCGUCCAUUGACAAUCCUAUUUAAUCCUACCACAUCUAUGCCGUAUGCUGCUUCUUUACACCUUGUUUAUGACAAAAAUAGUGAUUUCUCUAGAAAGAUUAAAUUACAUGGUUGUGGUGGAGGGGAACCCGUCAGAUGGUCUGGCUUAGUAACGUAUGGCGAGACAGCGCUGGUGCGGGCUGUCUUGCGGCGGCCUAUCGAGCUCACACUGUACAAUCGUGGAUCAGUACCUGCCUUUAUAUCGGCAACUGUACACUUUAAUUUACAAUAUAGAUGUCUAUCAUUCGACUCCGAGUUGCAAGGCAGUAGACGGGUGCUCGGUCGUCGAGGGCGUCACUCCGUUGUAUUGAGAGUCAACUGGCCUCGACUAGAGAGGCGCGCGCGCGCUGUCGACGCGACUACCCUGGCCACGCUUACAGUUCUCACUGGUCCGGAGCUUACCCGUCGCCGUAUGCUUAAAAUUAUUCGCGAUGAGAAGAAUGGUCAGCUCGACUCGUCUCUGCUGCCAGACCAUCUCAAAGUACUUGUAGAGCAGUUUGAAGGAGAGGAUCCCACUAUUGAUAAAUACUUGGAAAACUUCAGUGAAACGAAGGCGUCGUUAAACGAACUAAUAGAAGGCCUCCAUGAACUAACAGCUCAAAUCGACGUCCCUCAAGACUUUACCGAUGACAACACAAUACUUAUCAGCGAUGACACUGUUUUGGAACAUCACACGCUUUGUGAAUAA